AUGGCAAUUGUUGACCUUGUACCUGUUCUUCCUUUCGAACUCCUGAUAGAAAUCUUGUCAUGGCUUCCCGUGGAGACCCUCAUGCAAUUAAGGCGUGUUUCAAAGUCAUGGAAAUCACUCAUCUCCGAAGACAGAGACUUCAUGACACUACACUUGAAGAGAUCGCCAAAAAACAAGCACCAACACAUUCUGCUCACCUUACUAGAGUCUUCCUUUCCCUACUUGGAAUAUGAUGAACCUUACGCCAUUUCGUGCCCUGUGCGUCAUUUGCUUAAAGAGUCAUCACCCGCGAUCGAUGAAGAUGGGCGUUACACCUUGAAGGAAAAUUACCUCGUCGCUGGCUCAUGUAAUGGUUUGGUCUGUUUGCAGGGCUUUUGUGAUCUUGACAUCAUGGGUGAGUUCUGGGUCCGACUUUGGAACCCGACCACGCGCUUAAGGUCCAACAAGUCACCAACCUUUUGUAACGAUGCCGACAGCGUGAACUUUGGGUUCGGGUAUGAUGACUCACGUGACACUUACAAGGUGGUGGUGCUUUCAAAUUAUUAUUACAACCGUAGAGAGCCAAAAUUGGAGACAAUGGUUCAUUGCAUAGGUACUGAUAGUUGUUGGAGAAAGAUUUUGAACGACCCUGGUUUCCCCUUUUCGUUAAAGGAACUUAAUGGACAUUUUGUGGGUGGCUGUAUAAAUUGGUUAGCACUUAACGAGCUGAAAUGUCACCAGAAGUUUGUGAUUGUUUCAUUUGACAUGUGUAAGGAGGCAUAUAGUUCUUUGUCGUUGCCUGACGGUACUAAUGAGAGUACUAGUCAGCUUCCUAACCUUAGGGCAUGCCUUGGGGUUCUGGACAAUUGUUUGUGUCUUUUUAAUGACCAAAAGGGAACUCAUUUUGUUGUGUGGAAAAUGAGAGAGUAUGGAGUUCAAGAGUCUUGGACUCGAUUGGUGAGUGUCAAUUAUGAACAUCUCAGAUGUGUUGGCUUUAGGUGUCGUCCACUGAUGUGCUUGAGUGAAGACGGUGACAUCCUGUUGCUCAUACAAAAGGAAAAUCUUGAUGUUAUCAUGUACACUGUAAGAGAUAACAGUGUGAAAUAUGUUCAACUUCCUGACAACAAAAUUUGGUCGGAUGUCAUUGGUUAUGUACAAAGUCUAGUGUCACCAUGUUAA